AACGAAUAACAGGAGAAUGAGACACCGCUGAAGCCACCUGCCACAGCUUUGGGAGCCCAACUGCUUGGCUGUUGGUUUUGCAAGCACAAAAAAAAAAACACUGGAAUACCUGGUACCUUAGGCACCCCACACUGGUCCUGAAUAACAGUAGCGCAUGCUGUAGCGCUUCCCCGGGGACAUGGCUCACCUGGUUGUGCCUGCCACUCCGGGUGCUUGGCUCCCCAGGGACCAGCUUAUCUGUACGUAAUCAGAGGGUACCUCGGGCAGGAUGCAGCUUCCUACAUGGCUUAAAUCCCACCCUGAUCCUUUCGUCGUCUCUUUUUUUUGUGUUUGACAAGGCUCACGUUUCUCCUGCCGUCUGCAAAAUUCUGCGUCGUGCGCCAGCUGUUGUUUGUUUAGCCGUCCGACGGCCCCGCAAGAGCCCCAAAAACCACCCAAUGAGCCCACAAGCCGCCACCGGCGCCGCCGCCGUUGUGGCCGCCCCCGAGAUACGGGCGUCGUCCGGCAACGACUCUGACGAUGCCGAUGGGCUCCUCGAGGCCAUGGGCUACAAGGCCGAGUUGGUGCGCACUCGUUCCACUUGGCAUGUCGCCUUCAUGUCCUUUGUGCUCGCCUCGAUCCCCUACGGUCUCGCUACGACGCUCUACUAUCCGCUCCAGGGCGGCGGCCCGGCCGUUGUCAUUUGGGGCUGGGUCAUCGUCUCCCUGAUCAUUCUCUGUGUCGCCGCUUCGCUGGGAGAAAUCACAAGCGUGUAUCCCACCGCCGGAGGUGUCUACUACCAGACCUUUAUGCUUGCGCCCGCAAAGAUUCGCAGGCUCAGCGCCUACAUUUGCGGCUGGUGCUAUGUCGUCGGCAACAUCACCAUCACUCUUGCUGUGCAGUUCGGAACCACCUUGUUUUAUGUUGCCUGCGUCAAUGUCUUUACCAACUCCGAGGGCGAGGAGAUCUGGGGCGCCGAGACAUACCAGAUCUGGCUGACCUUUUUGGCCAUCACUUUGCUGUGCAAUGCCAUCUCGGCCUUUGGCAACCGCCACUUGCCCCUCCUCGAUACCUUUGCCGUGUUCUGGACCUUCGCCGGCAUCCUUGCCAUCCUCAUUACCGUCCUCGCCGUUGCCAAGGAAGGCCGCCGCUCCGCCGAAUACGCCUUCACCCACUUUGAGCCCACCUCCGGCUGGCCUGCCGGCUGGUCGUUCAUGGUCGGCCUCCUUCACGCCGGGUAUGCCACCUCGUCUACCGGUAUGGUCAUCUCCAUGUGCGAAGAGGUCCAGCAUCCCGCCACCCAGGUCCCCAAGGCCAUGGUUAUUACCAUCCUCAUCAACACCAUUGGCGGGCUCCUGUUCCUCGUGCCGCUCAUGUUUGUUCUUCCCGACCUGGCGUUGAUGGUGCAGUUGGCACAGCCUGUCCCGGCCAUCCUCAAGUCUGCCGUUGGCUCCGAAGGGGGUGCCUUUGCCCUCCUGGUUCCCAUCAUGGUUUUGGGUAUCCUUUGCGGUACCGCCUGCACAACCGCUGCUUCGCGCUGCACGUGGGCCUUUGCUCGCGACGGUGCCAUCCCCGGUUCCAAGUGGUGGAAGGUGGUCAACACCAAGCUGGAUGUUCCCCUCAACGCCAUGAUGUUGUCCAUGGCGAUUCAGAUCAUUCUGGGUGCCAUCUACUUUGGAUCUCCCGUAGCGUUCAACGCCUUUUCCGGCGUGGGUGUCAUUUCCCUGACCCUCGCGUAUGCCGCCCCCAUCGCCGUGUCCAUGCUCGAGGGCAGAGCCCAGGUGAAGGGCGGCAAGUUCUUCUUGGGCAAGUUUGGCUGGUUCUGCAACAUCAUUGCUCUGGCCUGGUCCGCCCUCGCCCUUCCGCUCUUUUGCAUGCCUGCCCUGCUUCCCGUCACUCCUGAGACGGUCAACUAUGCUCCUGCUGUCUUGGUCGGCUUCGUGGCCAUCGCGGCUGCGUGGUACGCCGUCUGGGGUCACAAGAACUACCGCGGCCCCCCUACCGAGUCCCUUGGCGUCCAGCCCGUGUCUCGGGAUGGCGGUGUCGUUCCGGGCUUGUCUUCUGGUCCUCAGCAAGCGUCUGAGCCAUCCAUCAAGAAGGACUAAGUCCUUCGGCUUUGAAGACCAAGUCGAUAUUCCGUGUGCAUGUUUAUUCAACGUAACGUAUAGUCGCCGGGCGUUUUGGGUGUGUGUGCAAUGUUUCAAGUGAGUGCAACCUGAGGCUCAACAGAUACUAAUGAUCAUGAUGGUUGGAUACCCUAAGGAGAUGGCGGGAUGCUUUUAUGGAUGCGAGCGAGUCAAUCUGUUUUCAACAAAUACCCCGUGUCCGUUUUGGGCGAUGCCACGACGGAGACCAGGUUCGCGGUGGGAAGAGCAAGAGAGGGAGGAAGAGGCGGAGACGUGCUUUCAACUCAACUGAUACCCCUUUAUAGAUUUUUCUUCAGCCCAUGUGAUGGGAUGGAAGACAUAUAGUAUGGUAGUUACAUAAUUGGCCACAAAUAUAAAAUACAGAACAGGUCAAAAGACCAUCAGGCCUGGGAAAAC